GAAGGUGCUGCAGCUCUGGUGAUGCCUGGCAAGCUUCGCCUCCACUCUUGCAUCUGAAAGCAGGAGAGAAGCAGGGACUUCCUGUGUGAUCUCGUUCAGCUGACUACAGCCUAGCUUCCUCUCCGGGAGCUUUCUGGUUCUGCAGACCGGGGAGGAGGAAGGCUUUUGAGGGUGCAGUUAAGCUCCAAGCCUGGGACUUCUGUGCACCAGAAGUAAUAGAAGCAACCAUAAAUGUGGAUUGUUUACACCAAAGGGUCGAGCUUUUCCUGUUUCCCUGCCUCUCAGCGACCCCGCGCGUCUGCCUCGGCUGAGAAGCCUUGCCGCGGAUAGCCUCAGCGGAGCGGGGCUGAUGGCCGUGGAGCUCCUACCGGCCUUCAUCUUCACCACAGUCGCCCGUCUGCGUUCCCGUUAGAGAAUUACGGGGUAAAAGUUCGUCUUUCAGUCGCCUGUAGUCCCACAGGAAGCUUCGAGGAAGUAGCGGCGGAACGAGGCGCAGCAUCGCACCUUGCAUGGUGCUGCGUUUUGGGGGCGAGUGGAUGCGCAGACGGAGCUGACCCAGAGAUGGCUGUUCUCAAACUGGCCGACCAGCCUCCUCUUAUCCAGGCGAUCUUCAGCGGAGACCCUGAGGAGAUCCGAAUGCUCAUAUACAAAUCUGAAGACAUCAAUGCUCUGGAUGCAGAGAAACGCACCCCACUGCAUGCUGCAGCAUUCCUGAGAGAUGCAGAGAUCAUCGAACUCCUCAUCCUCUCUGGGUCCAGAGUCAAUGCCAAAGAUAACAUGUGGCUUACCCCCCUGCAUCGCGCCGUGGCGUCCCGCAGCGAGGACGCUGUGCGAGUUCUGAUCCGCCACUCUGCAGAUGUGAACGCCCGGGACAAGAACUGGCAGACGCCCCUACACGUCGCUGCAGCCAAUAACGCACUGAGAUGUGCUGAGGUCAUCAUCCCACUGCUGAGCAGCGUGAACGUGUCAGACCGCGGCGGGCGAACCGCGCUGCACCACGCUGCCCUCAAUGGCCAUACAGAGAUGGUGAACCUUCUGCUUGCUAAAGGAGCGAACAUCAACGCCUUCGAUAAGAAAGAUGGCCGAGCGCUGCAUUGGGCUGCUUUCAUGGGUCAUUUGGACGUAGUGCGUCAGCUUGUGAGUCAAGGUGCAGAGAUCAGUUGUAAGGACAAACGGGGAUACACACCUCUCCACACUGCAGCUUCCAGUGGACAGCUGGCUGUGGUCAAACACCUGCUCAACCUGGCUGUAGAGAUAGAUGAGGCCAAUGCGUUUGGGAACACGGCGCUCCACAUCGCCUGCUUUAACGGCCAGGACGCCGUUGUCAGUGAACUGAUCGAUUAUGGUGCCAACGUCAGCCAACCCAACAACAAAGGUUUUACCCCUCUGCACUUCGCUGCUGCCUCCACGCAUGGAGCACUUUGUCUGGAGUUCCUGGUCAACAACGGGGCUGAUGUCAAUGUGCAGAGUCGAGACGGAAAAAGUCCACUUCACAUGACAGCAGUUCAUGGACGUUUUACUCGCUCCCAGACCCUCAUCCAAAACGGUGGAGAGAUCGACAGCGUGGACAAGGAUGGGAACACCCCACUUCAUGUGGCUGCCCGCUACGGUCAUGAACUCCUUAUCAACACGCUCAUCACAAGUGGAGCCGACUGCACAAGACGAGGAGUCCAUGGGAUGUUUCCUCUCCACCUGGCAGCCUUGAAUGCUCACUCUGACUGCUGCAGGAAGCUGCUGUCCUCCGGUCGGAGGUUUAGCAUAAUGUGUAACGACUCGGUCCUGUCCGCAGGCUUCCAGAUAGACACCCCAGACAGCCUCGGGAGAACAUGCCUACAUGCAGCUGCUGCUGGAGGUAAUGUGGACUGUGUCAAACUGCUUCUGAGCAGUGGGGGAGAACACAACCGGAGAGACAAAUGGGGCAGGACUCCCCUUCAUUAUGCAGCUGCCAGCCGUCACUUCCAGUGUCUGGAGACCCUGGUAGCCUGUGGAAUCGAUAUCAAUGCAACUGAUCAGUGGGGGCGCUCCGCCCUGCACUAUGCUGCUGCCUCAGACCUGGAUAGGAGGCGUCGUGUUGCUCUGGAGCCAGAGAGUGAAGGAGUCCAGGCAGAGAGAGAGAAGGAGGCAGCCCUAUGUUUGGAGUUCCUGCUUCAGAGCGGAGCGACGGCCUCACUGAAAGACAAACAGGGCUACAGUCCUGUCCAUUACGCUGCCGCCUUCGGACACAGGCACUGUCUGGAACUGCUGCUGAACAGAGAUGAUGGUCAUCAAGAAGAUCCUGAAUCUCCUCACUCCAGGAGUCCACUGCACCUUGCUGCAUACCAUGGCCAUGCCCAGGCUCUGGAGGUGCUGCUGCAGGGGGAGAGAGAGGUGGAUCAGUCUGAUGAGGCAGGAAGGACCCCUCUGGCCCUGGCCGCGCUGCAGGGACACACCGACUGCGUUCACACGCUCCUCAGCCAGGGGGCAUCGCCACACUCCAGUGAUCAGCAGUACGGUCGUUUACCUGUGCACCUGGCAGUGAUGAACGGUCAUACAACGUGUGUGCGCCUCCUGCUGGAUGAAUCUGAUGGUGCGGAGCUCAUUGAUGCUGCUGACACUCAGGGACAGACUCCUCUCAUGCUGGCGGUGGCUGGAGGUCAUGUUGAUGCUGUGUCACUGCUGCUAGAGAGGGAAGCCAAUGUUAACCUGGCUGACUACCAUGGCCUCACAGCUCUCCACCUCGGGCUGCUGUGUGGUCAGGAGGAGUGUGUCCAGUGUCUGCUGGAGCAAGAGGCCUCAGUGUUGCUUGGAGACUCACGGGGUCGCACAGCCAUCCACCUGGCCGCUGCGCGAGGCCACGCCUCCUGGCUGAGCGAGCUUCUGAGCAUCGCCUGCUCAGAGUCACCGUCUCUGCCACCACUAAGAGAUCACAGCGGAUACACACCUCUGCACUGGGCCUGCUACUAUGGCCAUGAAGGGUGUGUUGAGGUUCUGUUGGAGCAGAAGGGCUGUCGGUGUAUUGAUGGGAAUCCUUUCACCCCUCUGCAUUGUGCAGUGUUGAAUGAUCAUGAGCCGUGUGCGUCACUGCUUUUGGAGGCCAUGGGAUCAGACAUUGCUGGCUGCAGUGAUGCAAAGGGCAGGACUCCUCUCCAUGCUGCAGCAUUCAGCGGUCACAUAGACUGCAUCCAGCUGCUCCUUGCCCAUGAUGCACCUGAAGACACUGUAGACCAAUCAGGUCGCACUGCUCUGAUGAUGGCAGCUCAGAAGGGCCGGGCCGAUGUUCUUGAUGUGCUGCUGACCAGUGCCAAUGCCAACCUCAGUGUUACAGACAAAGACGGCAACACGGCCCUGCAUCUGGCUUGCAGUAAUGGGAAAGAAGACUGUGUGUUGUUGAUCAUGGAGAAGCUGGCUGACUCUUCACUUAUCAAUGCCACAAACACAGCACUGCAAACUCCGCUCCACCUGGCAGCCCGCAGCGGCCUGAAGAAGGCGGUCCAGGAGCUGCUGUCCAGAGGAGCUAACGUUCAGACAGUAGAUGAGAACGGUCUGACCCCUGCUCUGGCUUGUGCUCCUAGCAGAGAGGUGGCUGACUGUCUGGCUCUUAUUCUGGCUACCAUGAUGCCUUUCUGCUCCCCUUGCAGCUCUGGAGCUCCCUCCCCAGGCUCCCUGCUGAGGCAACUGCCCCACCAGGGGUGUAAAAGCGUGGGCGCCGGCCCACGUGGACCACGCAGCCCCAGGAACCCCUCGGGACCUUCCAGCGAGGGAACUACUGAGAAUGACUCAGAGGACUCUGAAACUUUUUGAGGCAUCUCUGAACAGAGUCUGGCUUCUUACCUCGAACUCUUUACCUGGCCUUCUCAGCAGAAGGUUGUUUCUGUGAAGCAGAGUUUGAUGCAGAGUGGGUAUUUGUUAUAGUGGAGCUCCAAGGGAUUCAGUAUUAAGUAAAGAAGCAACUUUACAAUAAUCAUUCCCAUAUAUUAAAAAAUAUUAAAUAAUGAGCUCAGAAAAUAAUUUCUAAUUUAUUCUCUAAGUGAUUUAUAAUAUUUACUUACUUACAGAAUCACACUUGUCUGAGUCUAUUACAAACUAAAAUUUAUUUUAAAUCUGUUUUCUAACAACCAAAUUUUGUUUAAUUAUAUUCUUAGGAUUUUCUGAGGAACUUGACAGUUUACAUUAUUACAUACAUUAUUUAAAAAAAAAUCUAUAGUUUAUAAAUGUAACUGAAGCUGAAAUCUGUAAGUCUGCUUGGAAUAUGGAGGGCAUUGAUUUAUCAUUACAGGUGAAAGAUAAAACAUUAGGAACCUUUUUCAGGUUAAUGGGGCCAUUCUUUGGCCCCAAUCCACUUCCACUGCAGUAACCAGGGCCAAAUCAGGGCAGUGUACAAUUUCCCCCAGAAAUGGUCCUUGUAGGAAGGAUAGUACUUGUUGAAUGACUUCAAAACUUUAUGUGCAGUUUGGUGGUUGGAGGAGGCUAAAAACUUCUUAGUGGUUUGAUAUUCAUUCAUUCAUUUCCCAGUUGAUGCUCUUUGACAGUUCAUAUUUUACUUUUUUUUUUUCGGCACUAGUGGCCUUUAUUUUUUGACAGUAGGCAGACAGGAAAGAGGGGUAGAGAGAGGGGAAACAUUCGGCAAAUGUCGCCGUAUCCGGGACUCGUACCCAGGACGGCCGCUUCGAGGACUGUAGCCUCCGUAUAUGGUCGCGCACUUAACCCCUACACCAUCAGCGCCGCACCCAUAUUUCACUUUUAACUUUAAAUUUUACAAAAGAGGUGACUGUUUUAUCUCAACAUUCAAUCCCAGCUGCUGAAUGUCUGGGUUUUACGUUGUUAAUAUUAAAAUAGAUUUAUUAAAAUCAAUCUAUCUUAGAGUAUUUCUUAAACAAAAAUAAUGAAGUAGACACUGUUAUAUCUUACAUCAUUGUUGUUCCGGAAUACAAAUGACAACAAUGGAAACACACCAAGAUUUGUUUUCUUAACAGAAGUUAAGGUUAAAGUAGAAGGCAAGCUUAAAUUAUUCCAAAUGUUGCCUGACUUGCAGUGACUUUAACUCUGUUUCAGAGUCUAACCGUUGUAAAAUAAUCAGCUGGUAAGGGCAGAAGAUAGUUGCACGCGCUUGACUCCGUGGGUGUCCGGUGGACAUGUCCGCGCAAAGCUCAAAUUGUAAAGUUUUAUAUGUGACACACUGCUCCAAGCAGCCGGUCACGGCCACUCUCUGCUUCCCACUGACAGGUGUAUUCCUCUUCUUUGUCCCUAGUCUGGUUUUAUGGCCUUUAACACCCCCUCCUUUUCUAUUUGUUUUUCCAAAGCUACACUGGAAAUUAGAUCUGCCUCCCCAUCUGAUAACACCAUAGCAGAAAGUGUGGGAAAUGUAGGAAUUUGUCACCAGAAAUAUAGGAAAUUGGUACGCUCCACAAUAAAACCGUGGACAGUCCGCGCCCUUCAAUACAGCACUUUAAAGAGUAAUGACUGACACAAUCCUCAGUUAUAGUUUUAUUGCUGGAAAUGACGGGAGCAAUUAAUUUAAAAUCCAUUACAUUUUUACAUUUCCACAGUGACUUUUCCUAGCUUUUGAACUUAAGUGCUAUGAAACAGUGUGAAAUCAGUGCUGCAUUAGUCUGGUUUUUCUUAAUCCCAGUAAUGCUGCAUGAAAAAAGUAUUCAUGCUAAAUCAGUUUAACUGAUUACCAGGCAAUAGUGGUUGUAUUUCACCAAAGCAGCAACAGUCCAGCUUGUACUUGCUACUGUUGAGGAAUGACCUCUUGGUGUCAGCUUUUACAUGGACAGCCUGGUUUUUGAUAUCACAGUGGAAACACAAACAGCUAAUGGACAUGGUGAAAUAGAAGAUUCUUAAAAUUUAGGCAAUGGGGGAACAGGUCUGGAGCCAUGGUUAAAACACACUUUAUGUGCCCAUGUAACUUCGAAAGCAAUAAGAUGUGUUGCUUAAUCAUACUAAACAUCCAGACAUGAUAAAAGUCUAUAUUAAAAAGUUGUGUGAUUUUUGGUAGUUAGUUUUUGUUUUGAAGAGAUGAUAUUGUCAGUUGUUAAACUUUGAACCCUUGGGGCUCCACAUCUUCACUUUGCGCCUGCAGGCAGUUGAUCUUCGUUGGCUCAGAGAUGGCGGUACAGCAGCUCUUCUUUUAUUCUUCCCUGGCCGACCAGCUUGGUCCACAAACAAGAAGAGUUCAAUCAGGAUUUGUUACAGCUCUAGUCUGGUUGCUUGCACUGAUUGACACCACAGUUCAUUCUUAUAUUCACGGGUGCUUAAAUCCAAACUAACCUCGGUACUUAACAUCCGCACUGCAAAGCCAUGCCACUCUGAGACAAAUUUUCUUUUAAAAAGCCAUUUUAACUGUUUGUGCACAACGAAGAUUAUUAAAAAUUCAAGUGUAAUUUUAAGCUUUUUAAAACUUUUACCAAAUAAUUGACUUCCAUUCAUAAAUAAUGAGCAUGUACUAAAGGGUUACAUGAGCAGGUACUUUUUUGAAAUGUUUUACCAGCUAAAGCACAAGUUUGGAGUCGGCAAUUUAGUUUGAUGAAAUGUGCCCAGAAUGUGAAUGGUACAGCUUCAAUGAGAUGUUUAGUAGUUUAGAUGUUCACCAGGAGAUUGGAUUUAACAUGACGGGUACAUCUCAGUUCCAUCAACAAACAAAAAGUCAGACACAUCAUUGGCGGUGUUAGGAUAUUAACUGAAAAGAUGUUACAAAGUACGUUAUUGAUGUUCUGCCAAUUGUCACUCUUGUGGAGUGAGACUCAAGCUUUUCCUCUAUUUCUCAUGCUGCCCAGAUAAAUCUCACUUCAAAUAAGUAAAUAGUGCCUGUGCGAAAAGCAAACACUUCUUCUUACUCUGCUGUUUCCAAAAUUAAGCUUUUUUGACCAAAACCUUUUCUAAUUGAUUUUAGUCAAACUCUUCAGGGUCUUAUCAGGCUAACACAAACUGCUCUUAUGUUGAACAACCUACUAGCUUUUAUGUUUGCCCCAAGAAAUCCCGUUAGACACCGCAUAUGUUUAAAUAAUAUGUGUCUUUACAGAGAAAGGUGUCUGUGAGACAAAACAAGCUAAUGCUAGCCAUUCGGUUGACUUUGACAUGAUAGUGUGAGCUGUUUUAAAAAAAAACACACAAACUGCUCUCAACGUAUAUAAAAUAUUACAAAUAGAUAUGCCCCAAUCGGAACAUUGUGGCCAUUGGGAUAACUAAGCUAAUAUUAGCCAAAAUAUUAGCGUGGAAAUUAGAAUGUUGGUUCCUGUUUCAGUCUGAACGAGAAAAUGUUUGCUGCUGUUGUAAAAUGUUCUAGGAUGAACUGAGCGGCUACAUUAGCUUUGGUUUUGGUUUAAAAUUUAAGAUGGACCUCGACCAGUUGAUAAUUUAGGCCAUCAUUAGCCAGUUUUCAAAUAACUUUACCAAUAAUCAAGAAGUUGCGUCUGUAAGGUUAUUUCACCAAUGAGAUGUUUCGUAUCAAUCAUUCAUCAGUUUGUAUCAAGAGGGAUGUUUUGUACCCGCUUUAAAAACUGAUGAUUUAAGGUCGUUUUCUAUACUCUACUCAGUCUACUGCAUGGAAAUGUGACUCAAUUUAAAUAUAUCAACCAGCAGAUCAGUUCUUAUUUUCAUUAGAUGAGGUAUCACAAUCUGUCAACUGGUCCAAAAUGGGAUCAGAACCAAAAUAAAUAAAAAUAAGGUGUAAUGUUUUCAAAUAAAAUUACAACUGCAUUAGAAUAUAUGUGGGAUUUGAGCCUAUUUUGAUUAUUUAUCUCAGUAAUUCAUUAAAAAUACUUCACUACACAAAAAAUAAACAUAGAUGCAAAAGUCUUAGAACAUGGGUAUGAAAGGAUUUUACGGAUACGAAAAAGAAUCAGGAUGAAGUUGUAAGGUGUGGUUCCAAAAUGGGAUAACAAAUUGGUAUAGUGACAAAUGUACUCAGAUAACUAGAUAUCUGCCACGGGUUCUUCUACAUUGGGGAGCCCUAGUGUUUUCUACUGGGAAAUCUCUCUUCUUCUGAGUGUGGUCCAUGUGAGUCACCUAAAAAACGUCUCCACCAGAUCUCUUAAGACACAUUAAAAACUGUCAAAAUUCAGAAAAAAUAGAAUAAUUAGAGUAGAAUAUCUGCUGCCCUGUUUUUGGAUAUCGGCAUGGGCAUUGGCCAUAGGACACCCAAAUCGCUCAAUCUCUAAGCCAGAGAAAACAGGCAAAACUCCCAAAAGCUGUGAGGAAUGAUUUAGUUGGGGGAACAGGGGUGUACCUGUUGAUGAACGCAGUAUUUGUGCAGAUGUGAAGGAAUGAUGAGAUUAUCACAUAGAUUUAUUCAUUUUGUCCUGCAGUCAUAAACAGCCUCCUGCACUUUGACCACUCCAUGUGCACCACCUGUUUGUGCAUGUUUGCACACUUUACGUCUCAGAGUAGCACAACUUUUAGAUUCUACAAAAAGACCAAAUGUCUCUUGUGGUUUAAAAAAAAAAAGUCUUUUUGGCUCAGUUUUUUGUGCUAUUUAUUAACUUCAUGAUGGUACAAAUACUGCCAGCACUUAAAUGUAAAGUUACACAGGGCCUUGACCACUGUCCCUCCCCCUUCCUCCCUUCUGUUUCCUGCCUUCCAGCAACGUACCAUCGUCACUGAUGUGUCCAGUGCCUUGAUGUUCAUUUAUGUGAUUUCUUUUAUAACAUUUUCUAUAUGUAAAUUCCACGUGAUGGUGAUUUAAAGAAUAAGUUCAUCACAAACUCAAGAUUACUUGUAUAAUAAUAAUACAGUUCACCUCAUAUCUGAAGAUUUUUUGCCUUGGGUUUACUCUUUGGUCAUUAAUUUCAAAUUUGACCUGAUUUAAAAAAUGAUCUGUAGUUAGAACUAUUCCAAUGAAGAGAAUAUUCAAAAUGCUUUGAAAAGAGGUCGAGUUGCUAUUAGACAAGUUAUGUUAUUGUGUGAACUUAUCCUUUAAUAUGUUGAUCCUAAUGUGAGACAGACAGUAGAUUUUACUUUGAAUGAGAACAUUUUUUUUUCCCCUUCCUGGCUGGAGAUUUUCCUUUGUUUAAUUUUACUGCCAACAUUUCCCCUGAUGAGACCAAAUCCAGACAUAUGUUGAACCGUCUUGUGUGCUGUUACUCCAAAUCCAAACCCACAUACCGGUACUUAUUGGUAAUAAACAAAGGAAUAUCUCCAGGUUUGUCUUUAAAGUUGUGUGUGUGUGUGUGUGUGUCAGUUGGCUUUAGGUACUGAUAUGAAAACGACUAUUUACAGCGUUGAUGCAAAGCUUUGUAUGAAAAGACUCUCCGUAACAGAUGGUUGCUGAUGAACUGAUAAGCACACAUAUUGUGAAGAAGCACAGUGUUUGUUCUGCCUCUGAGACUGAGUCUGGCCACCAGUAUUAUUAUUGUAGCAGAAGAUGAGCUUGGGCAGGCAGUCCUGACAAUCUCCAUCACCACAUGUCUGAUGAUUUUCAUACCAGUUCCUGAUGCAGUAUGACAUGCUGAGGGCUGUUUGUCAGCUACCCUUCUUUUAUAGAAGCUGUACAAAUAAAACUAAAAUCGUUUGGA